AUGCAGCUUUCUAUACUUCUGGGCGCGCUUGUAUCUUUUGCCAUCCUUGCUGCAGCAUCACUCACGCCAAGAGCCAUCUCAAAACGUGCCUUCGAAGGAGAGACACUUGGCACAGACUUUCAACGCGAUCUCCAAGAAGAAAGCAAGAAGCGUGAGGAGCUCAAGACUGACUUCAUAAUAUAUGCUUGGUACGACGGCCCAGGCAGUGGAGAGAAGAAGCGCAAGGAACUCGAGACGGGUAUUAAUUAUGACGAAGUCGACUAG